GUGAAAUGCAACGCCUGACGAGUUCUAAUUUUAACCCACGACGCUGGCCGGGAAUAGUAAGUAUUGCUGUGACCAGGUGUCACAGCCCUCUGAAGUAUUUCCCCAAUUUUGAAUCCCUUUCCGCUUUUCAGAACUCGUCGUCGUGUCCCUACGAGUCAAAGAAAACUCAGCUGCUCUGUAUGAAAAAAGAGUUUUACUAUAUUGCUACUACAAUACAGCUCUGAUUAUGAUCGGUGUCACGAAUCUAAAUCCAUGAGGAAUCCUGGAUAGAAGAACUGCCAAUUUGGGUAUAUAACAGCAGUCAUUUUUUUAGCAAACAAUAAUGGGGAACAGCCAGAAAUGCUUGAGCAGUUUAUUGUAAAGUUCCUGGCAGUAACUUCUCUCUCUCAAUCCGCCUUCUACUUUCUUAUCUUUGCCCAGAAUUGGAGCAAGGUCACCCCUCCAGAGAGCGUGAACCCUGCCAAAUUUCAGAAGGAUAGCUGCAGAGACAAGGGUAGACAUUACAGUAUAGUUUUUGGAUGAAUGAAGAAGUAAUCAUUUAAUCUUCCCUAGUGUACUGUGGGCAGUUCUGUGAGCACGAGAGGUGAUCCUGCAAAAUUGCAAAUAAAUCCAGAGGUUUAUGUACUCAGCAUCUUUAAAGGUGACUCUGGGAUGAGAAGAACAAUAAGGGGGGCACUUUUUACCAACCAGGGCUGGCAGUCACAAAGGAGGUCUCUCUUCUCCCUCCACAACGAGGGAAAGUUCCUUAAGCUUAGAGAUCUAAGUUUUGCUCUCUGUCCUAAGUACUGGGACUGAAAUGCACAGGUAAAAAAUUAGAACUGACCCUUCAGUCACAAUGCGGCCCUUUAUAUGUCCAGCUGUCCUUUGUCAACAACAAUUUGCUGCUGUUUUUUGUGUUGAAUAUAUGCUAUAUGGGAAUUUAUGGACCUAAUAGGUAUCUAAAGCCAUUUGCAAAUAACAAAAUAUACAUUUUAUCAAAGUAAUUGUUGAACUGAAAUACGAUUAAGAAGUAUAUUAAUAGUGAAAUACAAUUAAGAAGUAUAUUAAUAGUGAAAUAAAAUUAAGAAGUAUAUUAAUAGUGAAAUAAUCAUUAAGCUCUAACUUAAAAUGAUUUUUUAUUCAUAACAAACUUAAUAAUGCAAACACAUUGGCAUUUGGCAAUAAAAAAGGUUCCUUUAGAAACACAAUUUACAAAGACUCCUAAUUUUUUGGGGGGGGCCCAAGAGAGUGGGGCCCUAAGCUAUAGCUUGUUUAGCUUAUAUGUAAAUCCUGGCUGUUGUAAACACUAUGAUGAUUUGCUUUGGUGAAAGGAAGUGAGGAAGGAAACAGAAAAAAUGGCAUUGCCUAGCCAGAUUCUUGCAAAAUCUCUUGGUCUUCCCCUACUUCUGAUAUUCCCACCCAUUACUGUCCAUUUCUUCUUGUAGCUUGAUCUUGCCACAUGGCCACUUUUCCUCUGGGAUCUGAAUUUACAUCCACUUUUUGAUCCAGUCUAUGUGUCAGCACGCAGGUAAAAAGGAGGCCGAAUGCUGCUGGCACUACAGAAAAUCUUUAAAGAAACAAGUUUCUGCAGAUGAGCUCAAUCAGUUGCUUUCAUGCGACGAGACGAAUAGUGUGUAUUCAGGACUUUGUCCCGGUAUGUGGAUUUAUGUUCUUGGUGGAUUUAAAGCCACAAAAUACCCUCAGAUAAAAGUCUCAAAUCACAAAGGUUGUAAUAAAAGAUUUAUUCAAGAAUAGAAAACAAUUUAAAAGAAAUGUUAAGUCAGUAUAUAGUAAUUGUUUUUUAAUCGGCAAAAGUGAAUGCAAAAUUCCUCACAGAUGUACAUGAGACUUGAGUAUUAUUUCACAUCUUUAGGUCUCUAAAUCUCAGAUAUUUCACCUCAACUUUCUUCUCACAGAUGACAAGAGGAGUGUUUUUUUAUUAAAAAAUAAACAUAUACUAUUCAGAAGUUUGUAGGGGUGUUUAACCAAAUAACUUUCACAAUAAGGAUACAGUACAAGAUUGUUUGAAAAUACGCUGUGCGUGCAAUACUAAGCUUCUGUCAAGCAUUUUGAGCGUAUGAUCAUUUCCCAUAUGAUUUUUAGAAGCUUAUUUUAUUUUCUUUCUUUAAAGUGCCUUUUAGUUUCUGUCAUGUACAUCCUUUAAUCCGGCACGCUCACUUUUAAGGUCACUUUAAAUCUCCCUAAACAGUUGUGCAUUGUGUAUUGUUUGUUUCAAACCCCUUUCUGCUUGUAUCUCAGGUUUUCGCCGUUCUGAAGUCCAGUCCACAAUUGCACAAUAGAGUUGGAACAGCCUUCCGAGCAGAUUUGGGGGACGGUAUGGGGGGCAAUUCCUGCGCACACAGCGACUUAACUGGAUACCAUUCUUCGGCUCUAAAUGCACGUGCAGAAAAAGGGAUCGUGAACUCCAGUGGCGCUGUGGAAAAUCCUCAGAUGAAACCACUUAACAGUUGACGCAGCUUGAACCCAGCAUCUCUUCAAAGUGUUCAUUUCAUGUGAACGGGCAAACACCUUUCUGCUGUAUGCCUUUACUUCCUACUUAACAGCCUCCUUUCCAAACCCAGGCAUGCACUCAUGUGGAGAAACUUAACGCAGGAAUUGGCCAUUGGCAAAUUUUAUUAUUGUGCUGGCUCAAAAUGUGCCUCUCUGAUCACAGGAAGUGAUGUCAGCUAUGUCUAUCUGUGGUUGCUUGCUUCAUAAAUUACAUGUGUCCACACCAGAGGUGCCAGCUUGCAAGGGCGAUGGGCUGAUGUCACACAUGAUGUCAGAGCAUCUGGAGGAGCCGGGGCAGAGUAGGACAUGGCAGCCACAUGGCUUCAAGAGCCAGUGGCUCCUCCUCCUUCUCCCGCUGCCAUUGGCAGGGGGCUGUUUGGACCCUCCUUCCCCUCCGCAGCAGGAAGAGGAGGAGGAACUGGCU